AUGAAUUUGGAUGAUAAUUCAACAGUUCCAAAGGUCAUACAAGAUGAGCUUUCCAUUGUAACUCCUCGAGAAGACUUAAAUUCCAUUGCCACGUUAAAUAAUGAUCAAUGCUUAGCAUUUAAUUCAAUCAUGGGGGCUGUGGAAUGCAAUACUGGUGCAAUCUUUUUUGUGGAUGGACCAGGAGGAACUAGAAAGACAUAUUUAUAUCGUGCACUGUUGGCCUCAGUGAGAAGUCAAGGUCGAAUUGCCAUUGCAACAGCAACUUCUGGAAUUCCAGCUACGCUUUUACCUGGUGGAAGGACAGCCCCAUUCAAGAUUCAAGAUCCCAUUAAAUCCAGAGGCUUUAUCCACAUCACUGCUGUUGAUUAUCCAUUUGGUGGCAAAAUUAUGGUGUUUGGUGGUGACUUUCGUCAAGUACUUCCAGUUGUUCCUAAAGGUACAAAAGCUGAAACUAUUGCUGCAUCGAUAGUCAAAUCACCUCUUUGGAGUCACAUUCAAAUACUUCGUUUAAAGCAAAACAUGCGCUCUAUAAAUGACCAACAGUUUGGUGAAUUUCUUUUACGUGUUGGAGAUGGUGCUUUUAGUAGAUUGCUGUCCAGGGCUAUUCAUGAAGGUCUGUUGCAAGGUUUUCGGGUGGGCUUGUUAUCAGGGACAGCAAUGGGGGUGUCUCACUUACUGUAUGCAGAUGAUGUUUUGGUUUUCUGUGAUGCGGAUCUGGUGCAGUUGGGCUAUCUUCGAUGUGUUCUGAUUUGUUUUGAGGCAGUUUCGGGCUUACUGAUUAAUUUAAGCAAAUCUGAGUUGAUUUCGGUGGGAGAGGUUGAGAGGCUGCCAGUAUUACUGACGGUUCUAGGAUGCAAGAUGGCCAAUUUACCAGUGACUUACUUGGGUUUGCCUUUGGGUGCUAGUUAUGAUAAUUUCAUAGAUUCAGAGAUUUUAACAGGACAUUUCAAAGGCACGAGAGUUUUCCUGCAUCGCAUUCCAUUAAAGGCUCCGGAAAACUUGAAACUUCCAUUUGAAAUGACUCGCACACAAUUUCCAGUUCGCCUUAGUUUUGCUUUGACAAUAAAUAAAUCACAAGGUCAAACAAUUCCACAUGUGGGAAUUUACCUUCCGGAUCAUGUAUUUAGUCAUGGACAACUAUAUGUUGCUUUAUCUCGAGGGGUGUCAGAUCAGACAACAAAAGUCUUGGUUAAAAAGGGUUCAGUUAAUAAUGAAGAAGGAGUGUAUACCUGUCAAACAGUUCUCCAUAUACAGUCUUGGAUGGAAGAAAUCCUCAUAUCUGAUAGAGCAAGUAUAUGCAGCAAAGACAAUAUGGACAUAUAUGUGUUUAAUGUUGUCAUAGAUCUGUGGCAAAAAUUGCAUCAAGACAAUUUGAAGAGAUUGUUGAAUGUGACGUGUGAUUUGGACUAUGUCAAUAUAUGUAAAAAUGGGUAG